AAUGUUGCGAGCGAAGUUCAAAAAAUUAUUGGAACCGGAAAAUGAGGAGAAGUCAAGUCCUUUUCUAGCGAAGUGCAAGUGGCCAACGUAGCAUGCAUCCACAAAAAUCAAUCAGCGCAAGUCAAGAGAAGGCGAGGAGAAGCAAGGCAGGAGAGGGCGAGGAGCAGAAAGGCAGGGGAAGAGCUGCAAGGCAGGGGAAGAGCUGCAAGGCAGGGCGAGGAGCAGCAAGGCAGGGCAUGGGAGGAGCAGCAAGGCAGAGCAGGGCGAGGAGCAGCAAGGCAGGGCGAGGAGCAACAAGGCAGGGCGAAGGGUGUCAAAGCAGCGCAGGGCGAGGAGCAGCAAGGAAGGGCAGGGCGAGGAGCAGCAAAAAAGGGCAGGGCGAGGAGCAGCAAGGCAGGGAACAAGACGCGUACUCUUACCACAGUGCUUGUGAUACUUUCUGAGGAGCCUUUUCUCCAAAGCUAGGCUGAAGAUCCCUUGAAGAAGUUCAGGUCAUCUGAAGGAGGAUGAUUAUGUCAGGACAGAUGGACACAGUUGCAGAUUUGACAUGAAACUCAAAAAUUAUUUGUGUCCUAGGUGUAUAUAUAAAACUAAUGCUGAUGAUUAAUUAAAACGUUUGUAAAUGUCUGUUUAUUUAACGGUAUGGCGAAAGUACGCAUAGUCUGUCGUGAAAAUUGAUCCGUGAAUUCAGCAAGGGCUUACUCCAAAAUUUUUAGAAUAAAAUAAUGACCAAAGAGCGGGACUGACAGUAGGCCGGCCAGUGGGCUCUGGAUUCUGAAAAUUCGAGACUGCGGCACAAUGUCUCGCCAAGUAUCAUUGGAAGAUUAUGUUCGAGCAGAGCGGGAUCGAGUGGCCGGAACAUCCCGUGGAUUCAGUGGACAGGGAAUCGGUCAGGACUCCCAAGACAUGCUGGGGAUGUUUAUUCGAGGCGAAAGAAGGCGGACUGAGUCUUCUGAGGUGUCUAGUUAUGAUCGUCGCGAUGUCUCUAUUGAAAGACAUUUGGUUCAUCAGCCCGUUCAUAUUCCUCAACAGGGCCUGGAAAUGUUCCAAAGAGAACCACUGCGAAGAGGUGAUGAAAAACCAGAGAUUGAAGUGAAGUUGUCAGAAAUAUAUCAAAAAGCGAGUAGAGAUCAAAGUUUGAACUCGGCGCAGCGAAUUGAUUCACUUGUACGAGGGGUGAAGUUGGAGCUAUCCAGAAUCGGAAUGCGACCAGAAGAGAUCCGAAAGCAACUUACUGACCAUGUGGAGCGUUUGAUUAAAGAGAAACGCUGGACUCUGACGUACUCGGAGGCAUUAGAAGAAGGCACGAUGGCAAAUGAAUCCGAACUCACUCUGAAAGAUGACUCUCCGUUUUACUGCAGCUUCUGUGAGCUGAAGUAUCAUCCUGCUGGUAUUAAAUGUAAAAUUUGUCACUCUGAGUUCCUUCUGAGAAUCGACUUGGAGGCGCAUGUUUUCGUGGACCACAAAAUUACUGUUGACGGUGCUUUUCAAUGUCCCUAUUGCUAUGAAUCGUUUCCAGGGGACCCAAAGAUGUUCCGAGAUCACAUCUAUACUCGCCAUUUUUGUGCUGACGAUCAUUUAGAAUGUCCAUAUGGCUGCAAAAUGCUGGUUCUCAAAUCGAUUCCGUCUGAAAAGCAUUACAAAACGUACCACAUGUGUGUUGUGUGUGGAGACAAAAUCAGCCGCGAUACGAAGUACCAUAUGGAUAGAUUUCAUGCCGAGAAAGAUGAAGUACAAAUUUUGGAUGUAAAACCGUCAUCAAGUUUCCAAGGAGAAUCUCGUAUGAGAUCAUCGCAGGACGAUUUGAUUAAACGUGCCAAAGAAGUUUUAGAUGGAACCCAAAUUAAUUCGGAUGAUAGUAAUCGAAGACUAGUUCCUAACAAUUGGAACAGAAAUCGUAUAGAGGAGCUUAUGCCCCCUGCAAUUGCUAUGCCAGUGUCAACGCAGCAUAUUAGAUGUCCUCAGUCAAAUGAUUUUUACAGUGAAAAUGAAAUAAAUCGACCGAGAAAGUCUGCAGUGACGGAAUUCUAUCAAGAGGUAUCUAGACCGUUGUCGGCAAAGAAUGAAUCGGUUGCCCGGACUGAAAAAUCCAAGUCAGUUGCUUUUGAAAACUUUGACAUGGAAAAAGAAGCGCUGAACUGGAAAAUCUGCAAAGAUUGUGGCCUGAAAACGCCUAGUGGCGGAUACGUUUGCCAAUUAUGUAACGAAAAAGGAUUCCAGUAUAAAGUGGAACUAAACGUUCAUAUCAAAAACGCACAUGGCUAUCCGACGCCCUCAUUUGAACUGAAUUGUGAAAUAUGUCGUGCAAUUGCCCCUAGUAACGAGGAGUUAAUGAGGCAUAUAUUCGCAACCACGCAUCGAUGUAAAAGUGAUCAUCUGGUUUGCCCCGAGGACCCUAAAUGUACCUUCUUUCUAAGCGAUGAAGCUGAUCUUGAGCGUCAUUUAAAUGAAGUGCACAAUAAAAAGAAGCAGCCCGAACCACUCGUUGUAAGGGCAGAUCUUAUUGAAAUAUCUCCCGAGAGGGACCCAAACUACUCGUUCGAACUGGCCCCGAGAAUAAAAAAUGAGAGCAUGCAGUCGGUUUUGAAUAUUUCAAAAACACGAAACAAGCAUGCGAAAAUAUCAGUCGAUUUUCCUCCAGAAUCUGUGCUUGAACAAAUGGAACCUAGGAGAAGACUCGAACUUGUAGACGCUGGGUUCUUGUAUUGUGCAAAGUGCCCAUUAAUGUACCACCCGACGUUGUCCGGAUGUGGGCGGUGUACUUUGAAGUUUAUUUUCCCUCAAGCGGUGAUGGAACACAUGGUUAAUGUCCAUGAUGUUCCGGAGAUUUACUCGGAAAAGCGAUGCCCUUUUUGUAGAGAGUUUUCAUCUUCCUAUACUGACUUUCUAAACCACAUUGUGGGUCAUUUUUGUGACGAACAUUCGGAGUGCGAGUUUGGAUGCACAAAACUCGUUGUUGGGGGUCCAAAGGAUGUAGUGAAGCAUGCAUUGGACUUCCACAGCUCAGAUUCUCCGGCUAAACCAGUUCCGGACACUGCUAAAGAGUUGUUCAAAUCGCUCAAAGAGCCUACUGCGAAACGGAAACCCAAAAUAGUGCCAAUGGGUGAAAAUGAAGCGGUUAAAUCGAAAGCGAUACAAAUGUGCUUAGACUGCAAUUAUCAGCCGGGUCUAAACGAAACGCCGCUUACAUGUUCGCGUUGUCCGGGUAGAACGUUGUAUGCAUUCGCUUCGAAAGGAGAUUUGAUGAUACACGAGGAGCUUGUUCAUUCAAUCAAAGCUUCGGAAUCAGAUAAAGUGCUAUGUAGUUUUUGUUCAGCAGAGUCUGGCAAAAAGGGAUCAAAUCGGAAAUUCAACGGAGAUGGUUUGAACCAGCAUAGAAAACAGACUCACAGCUGCUGCCCACGCGAGCAUUUCAGAUGCAAGCAGUGUCAAAUUAUUGUACCGCAUCACAAACAAACGUUGCAUAUGGUCCAGAAACACGGAAAAAGCGAUUCAUCGUCGAGUUUGGUGAAAAUAGCGAAGCCGCCACCAGGACCUGAAAUCGUAGAUGAUGAUAACGGAAAUGCCGACGAUGAUACAAAAGGCGGAAAUAUGAACAAACGACUGGAAUGCACUGAAAGGGGAUGGAAGCACUGUAAGUUCUGCCCGUACUCAAUUUGUUAUUCGAUCACAUACACGUGUCAGGUGUGUGAACUAACGUACUUCACUGAAGUUGAUCUUGACUUUCAUCUGGCAACUAUGCAUAAUGAUGAUUCUAUUGAAUCGUUCGUCUGUUCUUGUGGUUAUACAACCAAGAAAUUUUCACUAUGGAACGAUCAUAGGAAAGAGGAACAUGGUACAUGCGCUGAGCAUAUUGCGUGUCGCAAUAAAAAGUGUACGUGGCUGUUUCCUAAUAAAAAGGAGUUGUUGCAUCAUUAUCAAAUGAAUGCGUGCAAAAUUGAUAGUCAAAAUUUGAUCACGGCAACUGCGCGACAAUGCAGUGCGUGCAAGGCGGUAGUAGCUAACGAAUCUUUCGUGUCUUGUUUGUUGUGUACACCGUUGCAAAAGUACUUCCCAACUGUAACGGAUUUUGCGACGCAUUUGAACCUGGCUCAUAAAAGGUUCAUCACGGGUACCUUUAAAUGUCCAGUUUGCCCCAAAGUAUCUCUUGACGUUGGUGGUUUGAAGAAACAUUUGACUUCUGAUCAUGCCUUCUGCAGUUCUGGCCAUGCGCUCUGUGCUAAGCGAAGUGACUGUUCAGUGCUAUUACAAGACUCAGCAGUGAAUAUAAUAACACAUGCAUGUGUUCCGCUUAAGGCAGAGCAGUCCUCGAAAAUUUUCAAAGUAUUGGGAGCUAAAGGCACCAAGGGGUGCUACAGGUGCGUAAAGUGUCAUCUAGGUUUUGACGAAAUCACGAUCUUGGAAUGCCCCGAGUGUCCAAUAACUUUCCUAUCAAGAAUCGAACUAGCGGGCCACUUGAAAAUCGAUCACGAUAAAGCAUGUGCCAGUGCUUUUCCGUGUUCGUUCUGCAAUUCAAGUUUCCCAGGGCUACCUGAUAAAUUGCUUCUGCAUCGAUUGAAUGUACAUCAGCAUUGUCCAUUUCACAAGUACGAGUUUGGACGAAUAUCGAUACUAAAUGCGACUGUGCAACCGAAAGCUCUCGCUGAGGGCUUGCGAAAAGCCGAUGUAAAAAUGUAUGUGUGUCCGACUUGUAACCGUGACGUGAGGUCUUUCGACAAAUUACACCCACCAAGACAGUGUCCGAUUUGUCCUUUCAAUCCUGGAUUUUAUGCUGAAUCGGAGUUUGUAGUCCACAUGCAAAGUGCUCAUAAGUUGCUAAUGAAUCUCAGCGUAGAAAGUGUCAAAUGUUACCAAGGAAAAUGUGCAUUUAUCGCCGGAUCGGCUCUCGAUUUUGUUGAUCACCGAGCGAAAGCUCACCAAAUGUGUAUAACGCAUUUAGUCUGCCCCAUGUAUUACUGCAGACGAGUUUUCCCAAGCUUGCAGUUAUUUUUGAACCAUAUAGUUUCUUGUGAUGGAGUUAAACCAAAGGUAAUUUUAGACGGACAUACUCAACUGAAGGCACUGGAAGGUACUUUUGAAAUGAUUGUACGACCAUUCUUCCAUUAUAAAUGCGACAAAUGUCCAUUUAAUAUCGCAACUUCGCUGUUCUUUAAAUGCAAGCUAUGUGAAAAUGACGACCAUCACAACACAAUCAUGCCAUUCUUCGUUGGACAAAUGUUUCUUUUACAUCUUAUAAAUCGUCACUCAUUUGUGGAACCUAAGGAGCAGUUUCAAUGUCAAUAUUGCUCAUUGGUAACUUUUUCUGGAUCCUUGGUAGAACUGAAAGACCACAUGAAGAAUUCGCAUAACAUAUGCGUCCGACAUUUCCUAUGUGGAGGAAACUGUCUCACUUUGUACCCUAGAAUGAGAAAGUUUCAAACUGGUCACAAGGACAAAACCAAAUGUGGAAAAUAUCCGAUCCAAUUGUUCGAGAACGCUCAGUUCAGUUUCGACAUAGUCACAACUUGUGACGAGUUAAGUGAGAGUGUAUUCAAAACACGGCAGAGAUUGAAUAAAUUUAAAAGCUUCACGGGAAUGCCAGCUUUAACUGAUGCGCGAGGAAACACGACCUUGAAGUCAAUUUUUACGGCAACUGCGAGCAUGCUGCCGACAGAGUUGCUAGAAGAGACGAAGCAAAAACUGAAACAAGAGCUAGUGAGAGAUAAGAAACGUCAGGAAAAGAAAGCUAAUCAGAUCGGAAAGCUACCCGAAAGAUCUAGAACCCCGUCCAGGAGACGAUCCAGAACUCCUAAGCGAAGAUCAAGGUCACGAUCUAGUUCUAGAUUAAGAAUAAGAAAGGGAAGGCGUUCUAGGUCAAAAUCUCGAAGUUUAUCACGACGCCGACGACCUCUUAGUCGAAGUAGAUCAUCUUCCCGACGUCGUAGACGAAAAGCGUCAAAAAGUAAAUCGAGAUCCAGAAAGAGAUCACGCUCCAGAUCUCUUUCUUCUCCUAGGCGUCGCCGGCGACGUCUACCAUCUAAAUCGCGAUCGAUCUCAAAACCAAGAGAUGAGUGGAACCGCAAAAGGUCCAAAUCACGCUCAAGUUCCAAAAGUAGACGAAGAUCAAGAUCAGAUUCAAAGGAACGAAGAAGUAUAACCCAAAGAGUUAUUAGCAACUCACCCAAACGAUCGAGAACGUUUACGUCGAAACCUGGAGAUGAGAAACCUAAAGAGACGAAAGUUAAGAUCGCAUCAGCAGGUGAUGGCGUUGAGUCUAAAUCACUGUCGACGCUAAUGAAUGAGUAUUCAGAACCACACUCGUUGUCGACACUAGCUGCUAGUUAUAGUAAAGAUAAAUCGCCACCAGGUGGAAUUGACGGCUCACAGAUUACUCUUGAAGAAGCCGAAAAGGAUUUCGAAGAGAAUGUUGAAAUCCAAGACAACGAUCCUGCUAGACCGUCUCAAUGGGAAGAUGUUAUGUCAAACAUGCUGAAUUACACAGAUGAGUUGAUGGUUAGAAAUUCAGAUGUGGUUUCACAAGGGAAUGAAGUGUCCGACGAGGAGGGUGCGUUUCAAAUCGAAGAUCGUGAUGUUAACUUCGAAUUUGAGGGUGAUAAUUUUUUGAUGGAUGUUCGCAACGAAAUGGAGUCAGCCGACGAAGAGAACUAUGAUGAGUCUUAUUUCGAAGUCGGAGUAGAUGAAGAUGAGCUGCUUCUAGAUGACACGGAACUAGAUGGAGAGUUGUAAUUCAGAUGCAAUUAAUAGGAGAAACUUAUAAUUUUGAUGUUUGAAAUAUUUUCAAAUUGUUGACUUUACUUGAUUCUUUGAAUUUCAAAAAUAAGCUAUAAUAGAUAUAAAACAGCGCAUGGUUGUUAAAAUUAUUAUAGCUCUCGGAUGGAUUACCUACAUGUCGUACCUUCGUGCAGAUUAAUGCAUGUCGCUUUCCCGUGCUAUAUGAUAUUAACUCAUUAUUAAUUGUCUAAUU